AUGUGGAGAGCAACAAGCUGGAAUCCUCCUUAUAUACACUUGCAAUGUGGCUGUGGAAAAGAAUGGGGCCUUGAAGACAUGUUUUUUUGCUUUCCGUAAUUUUUAUGCAGCUGCUCUAAAGCUUUAUGCCCUUAUUGUGUUACUGAAGAAAUAGAUUCCUUUUAUUGCAGAAAUUGCAUGGAAAACAUGCCUAAUACAGAAGCCUUUGCAUUUAAAAACAAGUGUGCACGAUGUUUUCAAUGCCCAGCUUGUUUUAGUACUCUGCAAAUAUUGUUGAACUCGACAAGACAGCAAAAACUUUACCAUUUUGGAUGCCAAAGCUGCUAUUGAGACUCAAUGAGCUUAGGACUCUUUGGGAAUUCAUUAAAUGAGCUUCUUAUGUCAAACCAAGAUUAUUUUAUGAAAGAUAACCCUCUGCAAGACCAGCUGAAAAUAUUAAUUGAUACCUAUAAGGAAGCCUGUAGAAAUCGAAGAAAAAUUGGAGUUAAAUAUUUACAAAAAGAAACAUGGACUUUUGAAGAUUUAGAAAACUCAGUGCAGCCAAAGCCUCUUAUUAAUCCUGUACAGAGAAUUGAACACCAAAGUCCUGGCUUUGAUGAAUUGCUAAAUGAAGAUAUUAAUUACAAUGAAAUUACUUCAAUGCAACAAAGGCUAUCAAACGCAGGAGCUCAGCCCAGAGAGUUAAAUAAAGCCUCAGCUCAGCCUAUCCCACUUUUGACCAGACGGUCAAAAAGAUGCAAAUAUUGCAAAAAAUACGUAGUAAAGCCUGAAACAAACCAGUCAUUUUCUAACCCGUUUAAAAUGGAAAAUUUACUUGUAUAUUUUUUCCCACGAAUUUAUAUAAGAGAAAUAAAAAGCAAUUCAUUAAUUUUGCUUUUGAUAAACCCUACUGCAGCUGUUGCCUAUAUAAGGCUAGAAGGUGACAAAGUGCCUCCUUCUGAGCUUCAUCUGGAUUCAUAUGAUCCUGUUAUGGAUUUAGUCACUAGUGAAGGGUCAAGUUUAGACGAAUCUUUAAUCAUAGAAAGAGAAAAAAAUACAAUUUCUAUUGAAGUCGGGAAACCCUCAAACGACAUCUGGAUCAGUGCAUUUUGGAAGUUUAUGAGAGGUCAAGAUGUCAAAGAAUUUGAAAUAAAAAUACAUAUUAAAUUAGCUUAA